AUUAGGGCGAUAUAUUUUGACUUUUAUUUUGACACAUUGAGAAAGAAUACAAACUUUUACUUUGAUACAAUUUCCUGUAACUUCCUUACCACUUCCUGCCUUGUCAUCAGUUACUUCCUACUCAGUUCCUAUCUGUUGAAAACAGUUAAUACUUAAGAAUUCCUGACCGUGAAAGAUGCUAGAAGCAAAGUCUUUUCACUCUGCCAUGUAAUGCUGGAAUCUUCAGUAAACAACAGUGAAAUGUUAACUACGACACAGACUCCUGGUUAUUGCAUCAGAGUUUAACUUGUUGGAUAGCUUCAGUUGUUACACUGCAGUGAAGACAACACAGUGAAAAGACUGAGAAGUUAGCAUUGAAUAACGAGUCAAGAUGGAAACUACAUCUAAUAAAUCAGGAAAAAGUGGAAGCAGCUUUCAUUCAUCUGCCUCAUCAACCAAUGCUUUACUUCGUGCACGAGCAAAAGCAGCAGCUACUAAAGUGCGUGCCGAAUAUGCUGAGCAAGAAGCCAAAGCUAGGAUAGAAAAAGUGAAAAAAGAGACUGAGGCUGAAACACUAGCCAUCUGCCGUGAAGCAGCAGAAGCUGAAGCCGUAGCAGCUGUCUGGGAAUCAGCAGUUUCAGGAAGCAACAAUUAUAUUGUGCUGGAUGAAACAAAUUCAACAGAACAAAGCAAACUUGAACGGACAAGUGAAUACAUCCAAACUCACUUCCAUUCCACUAACUCCGUCCAACAAACAGCCAUGAAGGCUAGUUCGCCACCAACUCAACCAAUUACCUAUGCCACUCUCAGUUAUAGCCCGAACAACCCCUUUGUUUCACGCCAUCAGCCGCCUGUUUUUUCAUACGACAGCACAAACAAUGUGGAUUUUACAGACUAUGACUUAGACUAUGCGCCACCAGCAGCCAAAGAGUCAGUCAGCCAGAAUCCAUUUACCCGAGAAGGUCCGCGGGUUAUUCCCAAGACUCUUACCUCGCAGAUCAGUGACUUGAAUAUUGGAGCUCCAUCCUUCAACCCCCAGCCAACAAAUACUCAAAGUAUGCCUGCAACUGAACACCUGGCACAAUAUUUAGCUCGGCGUGACCUAGUGAAUACAAGUUUGUACGAGUUUGAUGAUAAACCUGAAAAUUAUCGUGCUUGGCUGUCAUCAUACAAAAAUGCCACUCAAGGACUUGGUCUCACAGCCACUGAGGAAUUGGACUUGAUGACGCGAUGGCUUGGAAAAGAGUCCAGCAACCAGGUGAAACGUCUCCGUGCAGUGCACAUAGCAAGUCCACAAAUAGCACUGGGGAAAGCUUGGGAACGUCUUCAGGAGUGUUAUGCAGCCCCAGAGGUGAUUGAAAAGGCCCUCUUUACCCGACUGGAUGCAUUUCCCAGAGUCUCAGCCAAGGAAAAUCUGAAGCUACGAGAGCUAGCUGACCUGCUUAUGGAAGUGCAGUGUGCUAAAGAAGAUGGCUACUUACCAGGCCUGUCCUACCUGGACACGACACGCGGAAUUGAACCCAUAGUGACCAAGCUGCCUUAUGGACUCCAGGAAAAAUGGAUCUCGGCCGGUUCUAAGUAUAAAGAAGCAAAUGGAGGACGGUUCCCACCGUUUGAUUACUUCACGAAACUCAUAUGCUAUGAGGCCAAGAAGAGAAAUGACCCUAGCUUUGCCUUUUUAAAUACCACCACAAUGUCAUCUGUCAGAGCUGAAGGUGCCUUUCCUAAAACCUUCAAGAAACCCAUUGCAGUUCACAAGAUCAAUGUCACUCCCACAGAGUCAAAUGUCUCUAGUGAUCCGAGUAAGAUCUGCCCAAUACAUGCAAAACCCCACCCACUGAAGAAGUGCAAAGCCUUCAGAGCCGAAACUCUUGAUGACAGAAAGGUAUUUCUGAAAGAAAACGGAAUCUGCUUUAAGUGCUGUAGCUCAACCAACCAUAUGGCAAAGGACUGCACUACAAUUGUUAAGUGUUUUGAGUGUGACAGCACCCGACAUAUCUCAGCUAUGCACCCAGGACCAGCACCGCACCUCACGACUCCUCUGACCUCGCCACAGCAUGGCUGGGAGGGAGAAGAGGUGAACGACACCAGUGAGGUUAGCGCAAGCUGCACAGCAGUAUGUGGUACAGGACAAGUCGGACGGUCAUGCUCCAAGAUAUGCCUGGCAAGAGUGUACCAGAAAGACCACCCAGAGGAAGCCAUCAAGGCCUACGUCGUGUUAGACGACCAAAGCAACCGAUCGUUGGCCAAGUCCAGUUUCUUUGACAAGUUUGACAUCCACACUAAGCCAUAUCCUUACCAACUGAAAACAUGUUCUGGUAUAGUAGACACUUUCGGCAGAAGGGCAUCAGAUUUUAUCGUGGAGUCCCUCAAUGGAAAAGUUAGGAUUCCCUUACCACCACUCACUGAGUGUAAUGACUUACCUGAUAAUCGGUCUGAAAUUCCCACACCAAAUGCCGCUCUGCAUCAGCCUCACCUGUCAAAGGUAGCAGAACACAUCCCAAAGCUGGACCCCACUGCUGAAAUCCUCCUGCUGCUAGGGAGAGACGCAAUCAGAGCACACAAAGUAAGGGAACAAAUAAAUGGCCCCGCCAAUGCACCCUUCGCACAACGCCUUGACUUAGGCUGGGUGCUGGUCGGAGAAGUCUGUCUAGGGAGCACACACAAGCCGAACGUCAGUUCCUUCCGGACGGCCAUGGUCGACUGUCAUCGGCCCUCACUCUUCCAGCCAUGCACAAGCCUUUUGCACAUUAAAGAGGAACUUCACGACAGACUGCCAGGAAACAGUGCCUUACCACCCAGAGCUAAGGAACACAGUCUGGGUCAAAAUGUGUUUGACUGCACGGAACAGGACAAUAAGCUAGCACCUUCAAUCGAAGAUGAAACUUUCCUCAAAAUGAUGGACAAAGACGUCUACAGAAACGAUUCACACAGCUGGGUUGCUCCAUUGCCGUUCAGACUACCUAGGCAACAGCUUCCCAACAACCGCGAGCAAGCACUCAAGCGGUUUGGCUCACUCCAACGCCAAUUCAAAAGAAAGCCAGAAAUGCAACAGCAAUACGUGGAAUUUAUGGGUAAACUGCUGAAAAACAACCAUGCUGAGGUGGCACCAGAGCUAAGAGAAGAAGAGUGCUGGUAUUUACCAAGCUUUGCCGUGUAUCACCCACAGAAACCCGAUCAAAUCAGGGUAGUGUUUGAUUCAAGUGCCCAACAGUCUGGGAUCUCCUUGAAUAACGUGCUCUUGACUGGACCGGAUCUGAACAACACCCUUCUAGGAGUGCUCAUGCGGUUCCGAAAGGACAAGGUCGCUGUGAUGGCAGACAUUCAACAAAUGUUUUACUGCUUCCUUGUGGACGAAAAGCACAGAAACUACCUGCGAUUCUUAUGGUUCAACGGACCAACCUUCCUGCGCAAGCCCUCUGUUCAGCCAGACCCUGCCUCAGUCAUACCUCAGUCAUUCAGCAUAGUCUCACCAGAGUCAGAUGCAGAGGUCCGUCCAGCGGUGAAGAGCUACAUUACUGAUCUACAAGGGAAAGUUCUCAGCACAGAGCGCUUUGAAAGGUUCUCCACAUUCGACACUCUCCAACGAGCCAUCGCACUCCUUAUUCAUAUAGGGAGAUCCUUCAGCACUCCGACAGGCAAGUGCAAGGGAUGGCAUCACUGUGACUUACCUCGUUCAGUGGAUGAGCUUUCCCAAGCAAGAGAAGUCAUCAUCAGAGCUGUUCAGAGGAAUACCUUUGUGAAGGAAUUUGAAGCUCUGGAGAGAGGAAAGCAAGUUCCGUUAAGCAGCUGCCUACGCUCUCUCAACCCAGUCUUACAGGAUGACCUCCUCUGCCUUGGAGGCAGACUGAAGAAUGCAGAUGUGUCCAUUGAACAAAAGAACCCUGUCAUUCUCCCAAAAGAACACCAUGUGUCCUUGCUUCUCACCAGAUACCACCAUGCCCAAGUAAAGCAUCAGGGUCGCCAGUUAACAGAAGGUGCUGUACGAGCUGCUGGGCUCUGGAUCCUGGGAGGCAAGCGGCUCGUUAACUCAACUAUUCACAAGUGCAUCACCUGUCGCAGACUUAGAGGACGGAUGCAGGAACAAAAAAUGGCAGAUUUGCCCACAGAACGCCUUACAACCUGCCCUCCCUUCACGUAUGUGGGACUGGAUGUCUUCGGACCCUGGCACGUCUCCACCAGACGCACCAGAGGGACACAACCUCAGAGCAAGUGCUGGGCCAUACUAUUCUGCUGCAUGAGCUCCAGGGCAGUUCACAUCGAGGUGAUUACCUCAAUGGACACCUCAAGCUGCAUAAACGCAUUGAGGCGUUUCUUUGCCAUAAGAGGACCAGCCAAACAACUGAGGUCAGACUGCGGCACAAAUUUCAUUGGGGCUUGCAAAGAACUUGGGCUGAGUGCAGAUCAACCAGACAGCACAGUGCAGAGGUAUCUGCAACAUCAAGGAUGCUCCUGGGUGUUUAACCCGCCUCAUGCCUCACACAUGGGGGGUUCAUGGGAGCGCCUCAUUGGGUUAGCCCGAAGAAUCCUGGAUUCGACGCUCCGCGAACACAGCACUCGCCUAACUCAUGAUGUUCUGUGCACACUAAUGGCAGAAGUGACAGCAAUUCUGAACGCAAGACCACUAGUUCCAGUAUCGAAUGAUCCCGAGAAUCCAUUCAUCCUCACACCAUCGAUGCUGUUAACGCAGAAAGUGGGCGUCCCACCACCUCCAGGUGACUUCACAGGCAGAGACCUCCUCACGAAGCAGUGGAGACAAGUACAAGCAUUAUCCAACUUGUUCUGGAACCGUUGGAGACAAGUGUACCUGUCAACCUUACAAAGCCGCAAGAAAUGGACAAGGUCCCACCAGAACCUGCAAGACGGUGACAUCGUCCUCCUCAAAGACAACCAAGCUGCCCGCAACAACUGGCCUUUGGCAGUGGUCACAAAGGCUAUUCCAGGAACAGAUGGAAGAGUCCGUAAGGUGGAACUAAAGACAGCAAACCAAGGCCAACCAAAGACUUACCUUAGACCAGUGACGGAAACGGUUUUGCUUCUUCAUAAGAACUGAUGUUUCAGUUGUAGAUCUUAGUUGAAUGUAAUGUUCAUGCUAGUAUAGUGACCUCACAGUGGUCACAGCGGGGAGUGUGUCGCCAUUAGGGCGAUAUAUUUUGACUUUUAUUUUGACACAUUGAGAAAGAAUACAAACUUUUACUUUGAUACAAUUUCCUGUAACUUCCUUACCACUUCCUGCCUUGUCAUCAGUUACUUCCUACUCAGUUCCUAUCUGUUGAAAACAGUUAAUACUUAAGAAUUCCUGACCGUGAAAGAUGCUAGAAGCAAAGUCUUUUCACUCUGCCAUGUAAUGCUGGAAUCUUCAGUAAACAACAGUGAAAUGUUAA